CUAGACGUACACUUAUGUCACUGUUUUUUGUUCAAAUGCGUAGACUAACAAAUGAUACGAUUUUAAAAUUUCUCUUGAAUUGCAAAAUCACAUAAAUGUUAAAUCGAAUAGUUUGCGAAGAUUAAGCUCAGAAAUUAAUAUUUCUAGUGUUACGGCUAAAUUGUUUUUACUGGCGAUGAUCCAACAAAAAUCUCAUCCACAUGUUCGCGAUGAUACAAUAUUUAUUAAAAUCAUAGUUGAUGUUGGUGAUAUGUCAAAAACUCUGAUGUAUUAUCAACAAUUAUUGAUUAAAAAAGAAGAAGAAGCAUUAUUGCUUUCACAACAAUCAAUUGAAACUGACCGUGGCCAUGAUAAUUCCAACAGUCGACAAAGUUUUACAUGA